UCAAAGGAGUAUUUAAUUCCUCGUGUGUGCUAUCGUAUUAUUAUACCUGAGCAAAGUUUAUGGGCGGCAAUUACUAUUUAUUUGUAAGAUAAUGUAAACAGACGUGUAGUUCCUUCAGUUAGCAGUUUACACUGACGAAACACCGCAAUGGAGAGACGUACGGUCUUAUUGUCGGUGUUGUUGCUCAUCGGCAUCGCUGGUUUAAGUGCUGCUAUUGCUAUUGGCGUCAUCCGAAGCAGACCUGAACCAUCCGAGACAAGUGAUAGUGAUGAAAAGGAGUACGACAGUGAGCUCUGCCAUCCCCUGCUGAUAGCACACCGCGGCGCCAGCGGCUACGUCCCGGAGCACACCCUAGGAGCCUACGCACUCGCAGCCUCCAUGGGCUCCGACUACCUCGAACCAGACGUCGUGAUGACUAAGGAUGGCCACAUCAUCGCGCGACAUGACAACGAGCUCGGCUUAACCACCAAUGUGGCUGAACACCCCGAGUUCGCUAGUCGCUACAGAACACAAAUGGUGGACGGCAGACAAGUCAGUGGAUGGUUCACUGAAGACUUCACGCUCGCAGAAAUCAAAACUCUCCGUGCGAUUGAACGCAUACCCGAGAUAAGACCUGGUAAUACUCGAAUGGACGGAGCCUUUGACGUUCCCACAAUGCAAGAAAUCAUUGACUUGACCAAAGGUCUAGAAGUUAGUUUAAAUCGACGUAUCGGUAUAUAUCCUGAAAUAAAACACGGCACUCAUUUCCAACGCCUAGGGCUAGCGAUGGAACGACCUUUGGUAGAUCUGCUGCACAAGAAUGGUUACACCCGACCUGAAUCACUUAUUUACAUUCAAUCUUUCGAAGUGAGCAAUUUGAAGGAACUGAAAAAUAUGACAGACCUGCGAUUGAUUCAACUUUUUGCAGGUAACUCUGCUCUGCCUCCGUUUGAUCAAUACGUGCAAGGGACAGGUCUCACGUACGCUCAGAUGGCUACUCCUGAAGGGUUGCGGGAGAUUGCUACUUACGCUUAUGCGGUAGGACCUGACAAGGGGUAUAUUAUUCCCCGCAAUGCCGAUCAGACACUGGGUACGCCAACAAGUUUCGUGCAAGAUGCUCAUGCAGCUGGUCUCAAAGUGCACCCGUACACGUUCCGUUCAGAAAACGUAUACCUACCAGCUGAGUACCGGAGUGCGGAUCCAUCCCCGGCCGCUCUCGGAGACGCAGCUGGCGAGUAUCGAGCUUUCCUUGCUGCAGGAAUAGAUGGUUUGUUCACAGAUCAUCCUGAUGAUUUUGCAAACGUUCGAGGUAGUUGUGAUUGACUACAUUCAACUGUUUAGUAUAAAUAAAGAAAAACAUGGGAACCUCAAAAGGAUAGAAGAAGGAUAUAGAAUAGCAAGUUAUCACGAAAUGGACAUUUUUGUCUCGACUUAAGCCACAUGUUAUAGUUUAUCAUAUUUUUUGUUAAAUAAUUCUAGUCGAAUUAGAAUAGGUGUGUUAUUUAAUCUUAUUAGGAGAAUAAUAAAAUUAUAUCUAAGCA